CAAGAAAUUGAGUGACCCGCCUCUAUACCCGGUGAGUAGUCAGGCACAUCAUUCAGAUGUUUCUUUAAUUUAAUUGUUUUUGGGUGGCUUUCAAAAAUUAAGUGACCCGCCUCUUAUCAUAUUCCUUUUGAAAUCAUCAACUUUUGUCCAUCACUCGUUCCAAGACUACGAUGUACAAUCUGCUCCAACCAAGACUUGAUGUUGUUAUGUUUGAGAUUAUCUUUCCACUUAUGUGCUUCAAUGACAAUGAUCAAGCCCUUUGGGAGGAAGACCUACAUGAGUAUGUAAGGAAGGGUUAUGAUAUUAUUGAAGACCUAUACAGUCCCAGGACCGCAGCAAUGGACUUUGUAGGAAAACGUGGAAAAGAGAACCUUCAAAAGUUCAUAUUAUUUAUUGUGGAAAUUUUUAAGAAUAUGAAGAGGCUUCAAUUGAAGGCAAUUCCUGAUAUUUGGAGAUCUUCAGCAGAAAGAUUUGGUGAUCGGGUUGGAUUGGUAGAAGGGGAUAUUUUGAAUUUCUCUGAAGGUUUAAGAGUUAUUGGAAUCAAACCAUGUGAAAAAGUUGCACUCUUUGCUGACAAUUCAUGCAGAUGUCUUGUUGCUGAUCAAGGUAUUAUGGCUACAGGAGCAAUAAACGUUGUUGAAAAGUAUGUUUAUGAACCCAUCAAGUCUGAUGAUGUGGCUGCUCUUAUAUACACAAGUGGGACCACUGGGAAUCCAAAAGGAGUAAUUCUUACACAUAGUAAUCUUUUGCAUCAGGUUAAUAAUUUGUGGGACAUUGUCCCUGCGGGGCCCGGGGACAAAUUUUUAAGCAUGCUUCCACCUUGGCAUGCAUAUGAACGUGCUUAUAUACGAUACUGA